AUCCAACCACCUCAAAAUCCCAGCAAAACUCCUCUCUCUCCUGAAAAUGCUGUCUGCUCUUCGAUCUCGAGCUCAUUCUCUCUCUUCUCCUUCUAUUCGGCAGCCAUGGCUAUGGAAGCUCAAUCAGAGUAGCCCAUUUUCCUCUCUUACGCGCGACAAAGACGGUAGAACUGAGAUUCUGAAGCUUGAUGAAAUCGAGAAAGUUCUCUCUGAAGUUAGGGCAGAUGAUAUCAAGGUUAUUCGAGUCGGUGAUCAAUGCGAUUUGACCGAUUACAUGGUUUUCGCUACUGGAAGAUCUUCUUGGCAUGUUCGUAAUAUUGCUCAAGCUCUAGUUUACAAGGCUAAGCAGAAGCAGAAAGAAGCAAAGAGGAUGUUGUUGCCAAGUGUGGAAGGAGAAGAAAGCGGCAAUUGGAUUGUUGUCGAUUCUGGUUCAGUGAUUGUUCAUGCAUUAGAUGAGAAAGCCAGAGCUUAUUAUGAUUUGGAAAGUCGUUGGGCAAAGGAGAAGCCACCAGCUGAAUCAAGCCAGGAACUGGAUACAGCUUUGGUGAAGGUUCGGCGCAAGAAUAAUUCUAAGAAACGAGUGCAAGCCAAUGCUUAAGUUUAAGCUCUGUUCUGGUGCUGUAAAUAAGGGUGGUUCGGUUAGGAAUACUCACCACCUUUUUUUUUUUUUUUUUUUUUGAAGUGCUAUAACUUUAAAUACUAGUUCUAGUUAAUAAAUAAUUGAAUUUCUUGGACUAUAAUACAGUUGUAGAAGUGAUUUUUGUGGGCAUAUUUUAUUUGAAUCUUUUGAUUUUUUUUUUUUACAAAAUCUAUUGAUCCUUUAAAUAGAGGGAAUCAUUAGAGACUAUGAAAGUCGAUUGUAAAAUGAGAAUUGAGCAAAAUACAUUGAGGGGGACUGCAAAGUUUACAGUA